ACCUCGACGCAAAAGGGGGUACAGAUCACACAUUUCCGCCAGUUUGCAUAAGUGAAGUGUAAAUAUACUUGCACGGUAUCCGAACGACACGCACUACGUUACGAAAAAUGUAGGUGUACGCAACGUUGACUCAACAGUUAUGAAAUGCCAGAGAUUUUGUCACCACGCCCACUUGCCCCCCUCCCCGUAUAAAAUACACAUUAGACAAGUCCUGCACUGAAGCUGUCGUCUUGUCAAGUUGAAGAACAAAGUUUGGCUGUUUGCACACAGCAAACAUGUCUCGUCUACUGUGGGCCAGUCUGUGUGUGUUGUUGGGUGCAGUGGGUCUUGGCGUGUACUGGAGCUACGAUGGAUUCGACCCAGAGUCUAUCCGAGGAGCUACAGUCGUGAUCACUGGCUGCAGUACCGGCAUCGGCGAACAGAUGGCGUACCAGUACGCCCGGCUGGGAGCGAAGAUCCUCAUCACAGCCAGGAGGGAGAACCGGCUCAAGGAGGUUGUCGCCAAGGCGAAGUCUUUAGGUGCUGCGGAGGCGCACUACGUGGCCGGGGACAUGGGGAAACCACAGGACUGUGAGAGAACCAUUCAAACUGCCAAGGAGAAAUUCGGAAGGUUGGACUAUCUAAUCCUUAACCACGUCGGUUCAAGUUUUGGAUCGGUCUCCAAACUGGCCGAAAACAUGAGGUUGUGGGAAGACAACCUGGACAUGGACUUUUUCUUUGACUUCAUCAACAUCAACAUGAUCAGUUACGUCCGGCUGGCCUCCCUGGCUCUGCCUCUGCUGAAGGAAAGUAAUGGGCACAUCGCGGUAAUGUCUACUUUCGGAGGGAGGAUUCCGACCAUGUAUUUUUCAUACGGCAACACGGUAAAGUACGCGCUGGACGGAUUUUUCACCUGCCUCCGAGCCGAGCUGAUGAAGGCUGACCGUAACGUGUCGGUCACGCUGGCCAUGCUGGGAUUGGUGCACACUCCAAAUGUCGAGGCUAUCAUGAAAAAAACCGGAGACGAGGACAUGUUGGCUAUGGCCGCCCCGGUGGACGAGACUGCCCUAGCGGUUAUCCGGGGAACUGCAACCCGCACCAGGGAGCUCUACUACCCCUUCUACUCCUGGCCGAUCUCCAACAUCAGGCUUCUUCCUACUUUCUUACAGGACUACCUGAUCUUAAACGUUCUAGCCCCAAAAUAAGACCCAUGUCACUUGCCUAAAAUGUUUAACAUUACACGAACAUUAUGUCUUAUUUCAUGUUGACACAUGAUGAUGCAAAAUUAUUAGCAUAUGCGGUAAAAUUUUAAACAAGUUGAGAUUUUAACCAUUUUAGUCACCUAUUUUACUAUUAGAUAUAUGUAUCAUGGUGCCAUACAUGUACCUGUAUGUAUGUUUGUGUUUUAUGGGUUUUGGUUAACCUAUCAAAUUUCUUACCACCGUGUGCAGAGGUUUUGUUUCCAUGUGUUUGUCUGUUUGUUUGCUUGUGUUUCCGUAGUUAUCCA